AACGCUUUACACAAGCCACAUUGGCUAUAUAUGCUCGUAUGGCAUAGGCUUUAAUAGUAAAUAGUGUAUAAAUGUCGGACGAGGAUACCGGGGCCGCGGGUGGGGACUAUACUGCCCCGCUCACGGCCCAGGACCCCGACGAGGAACAGGAAACCUAUGAUUUCAAUGAGUUCCAAACAGAGGACCAAACAGCACAGGUCGGCGAGGCUCGUGAGGCCGGCACAGACGAAGGGGACGAGCGGAAUGGUCCCGACGCUGCUGAGCAACAGGACGCUGCAGCAGAGGCUGACCAGGGCGAGGGAAAUUCGGAAGCUGGGAAUGAUUUCAGCGGUGCCGGCGAUGAACAGGAAGGCGAGUCGUCGGCCGACGCCGACGCCGCUGGCUCGACAGCAGCGCCAGCGCAGGAGCCGGAGCCAGCGGCAGAGACGGAGGAGGGUGAGCCGGCGCAAGAAUCCCAGGAGCAAGGGUCAGGGCAUGAACAGUCAGAGCCCGCGGCCACAUCAGACCCGGAGCCGGAGACGCAGCCGGAGACGCAGCCGGAGCCGGAACCGGAGCCGGAGCCGGAGCCGGAACCAGAGCCUGAAGCCCAGCCAGAGCCUGAGCCACAGCCGGAGCCGCGGACUGCCUCUGCAACCUCCGAAGCGACGGACCCAACCGGUCCGCCGGACCUUGGUGGCGCCUCAGGUGCCGUCGGUGCCGCUGCGGGGCUGCCGCUGCUGACCUCGGCACCGCCAUCAGGCGCCUACAGCGCUGGCUACCCGCCCUCGCCGCCAGUGGUCGGCAGCGCCAACGCAUCCAUGGACGACCCAGAUGGCCCCGGGGCGAGCAGCAGCAGCGGCGACGGCGUGCGGCAGCCGCAUGGCCACUAUGCUCCCACCGCCGGCUCCCUUGGCGCCGCCUCCGCCUCCUCCAGAGCUGAGUCUUUAGCGUCCGCGGCGCCGCACGGCAUCGUCGGCAGCACUAGCGGCCGCUCCUCAACCACAGCCGCGGCCGCGGCGCCGCCCUCGCGCGGCGGCUCGGCCGCCCUCACUCCCCUGCCCACCGUGCUGGCAUCGCCGCCGGGCUCGGCCGCGCCCACGCCGCGUAAGCGCACGUCCGUGUUCCUGUCCUGCAAGUGGCCAGAGGGCAGCGACUGGGCGGUGGCGCUGGCGGCGGAGCUGGCGGAGCUGGGGCUGCCGGCGGCGCACGAUGCACGGCACAGCGCCAAGGCCGGCGAGGUGGAGGCCAUGGUGCGGGAGGCCAGCUGCUGCGUGAUGCUGGUGACGCCCGGCUUCUACCACGGCCUGGCCAACAAGCCGCCCGGCAACCGGGCGCUGAAGGAGGUCAAGUGGGCCCUGCAGCAUGGCGUGCCGCUGCUGGCGGUGCUGGCGGCGCCCUACUGCGGCCAGAACCCGCUGGCGGGCCUGCGCAACGGGGCGGAGGUGGCGCCCUCCACGGACGGCUCCGUGCCGUGGAGCUCGGCGGAGCUGGCGGAGCUGGCGGCGGCGCGGGCCGUGUGCAUGUUCAAGGGCGGAGAGGGCUUUGACGGGUAUCAGCGGGAGAUCGUCCGGGUGGCGACCCUUAUGAACGCCCCACCGCAGCAGCAGCCCGGCGGCGCCACGGCGGACGGCGGCGUGCGGCAGUCGCAGUCGGGCCGCGCGCCAGAGGAGGCGGAGGCGGAGGAGCGGCGGCUCAAGGAGAUCCUGCGGGCGGCGGGCCUGGGCAAGCGCGCGGCUGCGUUGUCGGAAUUCAACAUCCGCACGCCCAACGCGCUGGCGUCCGCGCUGCGCAAAGGCAAGCUGUCAGUCAAGCCACACAACUGGAGCGAGGGCGCGGUGCGGCGCGCGGCGGCGGCGCUGGAGGCCUGGCCCGUGCUGGCCUGCCAGCCCGAGUGGCUGCGCAUGGCGCCGCCGGACCUGGUGCCGCUGCUGGCGACGCUGCUGGGGCAGGAAGAGCCGCGCGAGUUCGACCGGGACGGCAAGCCGCGGCCGCGGCGCAGUGCGGUGCCGCCGACGACCGCGCUGGAGCUUGCGGGGCAGGGCCCGGUGGUGGUGGGCGCUCGCGGCGCUGCCGUCAUUGCAGCCAUGCUUCGCGACCUAGGCCGCAGCGGCGGCGGCGCCAGCCGCCGCGAGCACGCGCUCACACACCCUCACGCCUCCUCGAACGGUGACGCCGGGGGCGCAGCCAACGGCCACGACGCCCGGUCGUUGGAAACCGGCGGCGGCGGCGCGCCGCCGCCGCCGUUGCCGUUGCGCGGCAGCGGCAGCACGCUGCUGACGCUGACGCUGGUGGACCUGAGCGACUGCGGGCUGGGCACGGCGGGCGGCUGCGAGGUGCUGGGCGCGCUGGCGGCCUGCCCCACCGUGGCCACGCUGCUGCUGGGCGGCAACCAGAUCGAGGACGGCAUCGCCGCCGACUUCGCGGCGCUCAUGCGCAAGCAGACCGCCGCCCUGGCGGCGGUGGCGGACGCCGCCCGCGCAACCUCCAGCGCGACGGCGGCUUCGCCGCGGCUGCCCUACGACGCGCCCGGCUCCGCCGGGGCGGCGCAGGGGCUGCGGACGCUGGGCCUGGACCGGAACGUGAUCAGCGACCGCGGCGCGGCGGCGCUGGUGGCGGCGCUGGAGGACAGCCCUGGCUCGCUGACGGAGCUGGACCUUAGCGGGAACGUGGGCCUGGCCGCCGGCACUGCGGAUGCGCUGGCGCGCGUGCUGCGCAACGGCAGCAACGGCCGCGUGGUGCUGUCGUCACCCGAGGGCAGCAGUGGCACGGCGCCGCCGCCGCCGGUGACGCGGCUUGUUCGUGUGGGCCUGGCGGGGUGCCAGAUGGAUGACGCGGCCAUUGCGUCGCUGCUGCCGGCGCUGCUGGCUCCGGCGGCAGCUCCGCCGGCGGCGGCGACAAACGGUGGCGGGGCGGCGGCGACGGCCCCUGCACCCGCCACCAGUGGCGUGGAGGAGCUUGACAUUGCCGGCAACUCGCUCGACGGCGGCGCGCUGGCGGCGCUGGCGGCGGCGGCGGCGCGGCCGGGGUACGGCGGCGGCCCGCGCGUCAUGAACCUCAGCGGCGCAAACCUGCGCGGUGGCGGCGCCGCCGGCGGGCUGCGCUCGCGCCGCCCUACAGCCGAGGUGGGCACGGGCUCGGGCGCCGCGGACUCGCCUGGGCCGAUCCCCGGCGGCAACGCCGGCGCGCUGGCGGCGGCGCUGCUGCGCUCCGCGACGGUGGAGGAGCUGCGGCUGUCCUGGUGCGGCCUGGGCGGCAGCGGCCUGCGCACGCUGGUGCACAGCCUCAUGGAAGCCGCGACCGCGGCAGAUGGCGCCGGCGGCAGCCGCCGCUCGCUCACCGGCCUCCCGCCGGCGGCUCCGCCGCUGGCGGCGCCGCCGGCGCCGGCGCCGCUGGCGCGGCUGACGCUGCUGGACCUGUCCGGCAACCGACUGGGGCCGGAGGGCGUGACGCUGCUAGGCGCGCUGCUGCCGGUACACCUGCCGGCGCUGCGGCACCUGCUGCUGGAUGAGUGCGGGCUGGGAGGCCGCGAGCUGGGGCUGCUGGCGGGCAGCGUGCUGGGCUGUGCGGGCUGGGUGGUGGACGGCGUUAUGGGGGCGCUGGAGGUGGUGAUGAGCGCUGACGUCACCGGCGGCGUGGCGGGCGUGUGGAGCGAGCACGUGGCGGAGGUGAAGGAGCGCGAGCGCGAGCGGCGGAGAGGCGGUGGUGGGGGCGGCGGCGGUAAUGCGUUGGGGAGCCUGGAUGAUGCGGACGGCGAGGGCAAGGACCCGGCGGCGGCGCUGGCGGAGCGGCUGCGCGUGUGGUUGAACAUGGGCGAGCUGGUCGCGACUAAUGAGCUAAAGCGGCUGAUGAUGCCGGCGCCGCCGGCAGCGCCAGGGUCCAGCGGCGCGGCUGCGCAGCCGGUGGCAGCUGCGGGGCCAGCGGCCCCGCCCGCAUUAGCACACGGCGCGAUGCGUGCGAGCUACGGCAUCCACCCCGUCGCGGUGCCAGCCGCCGCUGCCGCUGCCGGCGGCGCCAACGGCAGCGCCACUGGCGCCGCCGCGGCGUGCGGCUCGGGCUCCGGCGGCGCGCCCGCCAACCGCCUCAGCGGCCUGGGCUGCCUGCUGGUGCACCCCGUGGUGCAGCCCGUGCUCGAGGCGCUCAAGGUCACAUGGGAGGCGCUGCAGGCAGAGGCCGCCGACAACCGCUCCGCCGGCGGCCCUGCCAACCCGCUGCAGCUGCCGCUGCACUCGGAUGCGGCGCGCACCGCCUUUGAGACCCUGAACGCGGCGGCGGAGCACCUGCGCUGCUGCGGCACGGUGGCGGUGGCGGGUGGCGGGCUGACCAGCCUGUCGCUCGCGCGCAACGCGCUGGGGCAGGACGCGGGCGCGGCGCUGGGCGCGGCGCUCAGCCUCAGCAGCAGCGUGCGGCACCUGGGCCUGCGCGGGGUACUCAUGCCGCCGCCGCCCGCGCCGCCGGCUGGCGGCGGCGCGGCGGCAGUGGCGGCCGCUUCCGCUGCCGCAGCCGGCGGACCGCUAGCGGCGGCGGCCGCCGCGGCGCGCGACGCUCGCGCUCUGCUACGGCUCAUGUUCCCUGGUCCCAUGGCGGCGCUGGAGGCGCCGCCUCCACAGGUGCCGCCACCGCGCGGCAAGCAAGUGAGCAUCACUGCCAGCGGCGCCGCACCCACCGGUCGCCCCACAACGUCGGGGCGCGGCACCAACAGCGGAAUGGCGCUGCCGCACGCGGAUGACGAGCACCACCCGGGCAGCAACAGCCGCAACAGCGCCAGCGGCGGCGCAGGUGCCGCCGGCAGCGCUAACGGCGCUAAUGCUGCCGCAGCGGCCGCGGCUGCGGCGCUGCUGCCGCAGCUGCGCUCACUUGACCUGACCGACGCCGGCAUCAACGCUGGCAACGCCGGGCACCUUGCUGAGUUGCUGAAGCUCAUGCCGUCUCUGGAGCAGCUCACGCUCGACUUUAACUCACUGGGAGGCGGCGCCUCCGCCGCAGCCGCGGCGGCGGCGGCAGCGGCGGCGCAGCGCGCUGACGACGAUGACGGCGGCCCCGCCAGCGGCGUCGCGGCUGCGCUCGCCGCCGGCGACGGCACGCCCGCGCUGUUUGCGACUCUGUCCUCCGCGCCGGCGCUCGCGUCACUGUCGCUCAACUACGCCUGCAACGCCGCCGCCGUCAGUGCCGUGGCGGACCACCUGCUAGGCCUGGCGGCGAUCACCGCAGCCGCGGCGGCGGCGCCCGGCUCCGCCGCCGCAGUGCCGCCGCCGCCCGCGGCGGCGGCGCUGCGCGCGCUGUGUAUGGUGGGCUGCCCGCUGGACGGCGUGGCGGCGAGGCGGCUCGCGCGCGCCCUUGUACACAACACGGGCCUUGCCGUGCUGCGCCUGGGCGGCGGCGACCCGCCCGAGGGCGUGGGGCCGCUGGGCAGCCGCGCGCUGGGCGAGGCGCUCAGCGGGCACAAGGGCCUGGUGGAGCUUAGCCUGGGUGGCGCCGGCGUCACCGACAACGCCGUGCAGAUGCUGGCGGCGGCGCUGCCGCAGCUGCCGCUGCUGUGCAAGCUGGACCUGUCGAACAACAGCCUGGGCUCGCGCGGCGGCGAGGCGCUGGCGGCGGCGCUGAUGGCGCGCAACCGCAACGGUGUCGGCGCCGCCGCCGACAACCGGCUGCACGUGGAGGUGCACGGCAACCGCAUCCCGGAGGAGCUGGCGGCGCGGCUGGCGGCGCUGUCGGUGCCGCCGUCCAUGACGCACGCAGCCGAGCGGCUGCCGGUGCUGCCUCGCUACAGCGCGCCGCCGGCGCGCUCCGACGUCGGCUCCGCCACCGCCGCCGCCUCCGGCAGCGCAGGUUCCGCGCUCACCGGCGGCGGCGGCGGCGCAGGUGCAGGCGCGGCGGCAGGGGGAGGUGUCGGUGGUGUCGGUGCGAGGGCCGCCUCGGCGCGGCCGCACCUGCCGAGCGCGCCGAGCCUAGUGCCGCCACCGACGCUUGUGAAUGCGCCAGUGACCCGGCCGGUGGUGGCGCCACUUCCCUUCAACCCGCCGCGGUGCGCCACCGCUCCCUCCAGGUCCUCGCCUCGCGGCGGGUCUGGCGGCGCCGCCGACGGCGGGCCGCUGGGCAGCGGCAAGCCCACCUGGCUGACCGCCGUUCCGCCGCCGCCGCCGGUGCGCCGCGGCAGCGGCGCCAACGGCAACGCCAACGCCAGCGGCAGCGGCGCCGGCACCGACGGCGAGGAGGAGGACGACGGCCGCAUGCUCGCACCCACACCCAGCAAGCUGGCGCGCAUCUACGGCGUGCCGCCGGACGCGGCGCAGCCCACGCCCCCUCGCUCGCGCCCCGGCACGUCGCCCAUGCGCCGCUCAAUGCCGUCGGGCGGUCUGUACGACACUGGUGGCGGCGGCGGCGGCCUGUAUCGCGGCGGCGGGUCGCCGUACGCCAACGGCAGCGCGCUCGGCGGCGCCGGCGCCGGUGCUGGCAGUGGCGGCGGCACGUCGCCGAGGCAGCGGCCUGUGACGGCUGCCGCUGGCAUCGGCAGCGGCAGCGCCGCCGCCGCUAACGGCGGUGCUUCUGGCCGUUCAACGCUGCCAGCGGUGCGCAGGAGCGCCGGCGCCAAGUCGCAGUCGGGCGACGACGCGGAGGGCCGGGGCAAGGAGGAGGGCGGCGUGGGCAGCGGCAAGGAGGGCGACAAGGACACGGACAAGGACAAGGCGGCGCCCAAGGUCCGCGGCGCGUCGCCGAGCCUAACGCAGUCCAUCAAAUGCCACACGCCCGACUGGGUGCAGCGCAUGCAGGAGGACUACUACAAGAAGCUGACGGCGCCGGCGCGGCCCGCCACCGCGCGCGCCGCCGCGCCGCCGGGCCCGCCGCCCGAGCACCUACGCAAGCCGCUGCGCUGCCAGGACGCCACCUGGCAGCGGCAGAUGCAGGACGAGCAGGCGGCACGGGAGUGCGCACCCGAGCCCGCGCCCAAGCCCGUGCCCGGCGCGCCCGCCGCCGCCAACGUGCAGAGUACGGUGGCGGCGCUGCGGCGCGCCGGCCCCCCGCCGGCUGCCAAGCAGCAGGAUGCGCCGGCGCCUGGAGCGGGCGGUGGCAAGGGGUACAAGGUGUACGGACGGCCGGGGGUGGCCGCACCGGAGAGUGAGGGCAAGGCGGCGCCGGCUGGCGCCGUAGCGGCGUUGCUCGCAGAGCACGGUGGGGGCGAUGGGGGCGGCAACGGCGAGGCGCUGGCAAGCGAGGAGAGCAUGGAGAUGCUGGCGGUGCGGACCACGGGCGGGCGCAAGAGCGCCAUCGAGGUAAUGCGCAUCAAGACGGUCAAGCGCAUCGAUGGGCCGCACGAUGCCGGUGGCGACAGUGACACUGAAGAGGCGGCGGAGGGCGAGGGCGAGGGCACUGGGGCCAAGGACGGAGAGGAGACGGCAGACGGGCAGGAGCGCGGCGGCGGCGAGGCGGCUGCCGCACAAGGACAGGAGCAUGCACAGGAGGGUGAGGUGCAGGCCGAUGCCGGUGCCCAGCACGCAACCGCGGGUACUACGAGGCACGAAGAUGUGGCACAGGCGGAGGCGGAGGCAGCGGAGCGGCCGACAAUUGCCAGCAAGGGCACGCCCGGGCCGGGGGCAGGGCCGACAGGCGAGGACGCGGAGGCCGGCAAGGAUCUGGAGGGCACAGGACACGCUGCGAAUCACGCUGCGAAUGAGCAGCAACCGGAUGGGGACGGGGCGUCAGAGCAGGUGGAGAAGCCACACGAGGCGGCAGCGCUGCUGGUUGGGUCUGAGUACGCCGCAACCGACACUGAUGGGAACGCUGCAGCGGCAGAGGGAGGUGAUGUGGCUGCGGCGGGCGACUCGGCGUAAGUAAUAUAGAUUAAGAAGGACUGCUUCGCACCAGGUAGCGCAAAGACUUUGGGGGCUGCUUUGUUGCACAGGCGUGGUGGUGCACCCGGGGUGCUGGUCUGUGGGACAUCAAUAAAUGAUCGAUUGCAAACUUGCAAUAAGGGCUCCGCCAGUUCUUUGGGCUGGCUGUCAAAUUCGGCUGGUGAGCUGGAGCGUGUAUGGUUCCAAACUGGUGAGCAGCGGGAGGGGGUGCACCAGGCGUCAUGGACAGUUGUUUCUUGUGUGUGCGUACCGGUACUUGAUGUGGUCAGACACAUGGCCUCCAAUGUGUGUGCUGCGUUGGCAAAAUGUUAGCAGGGCUGAACUACGUAAAUAAAGAAAGUGGUGAAAUAAUAUACGAUCUCUGGGGCACAGGAUCGCUGCGUCGGGCAGCUCUCGGACCAAAGAGGGGCAAGCCGAUAACCUGGCUCCAUAGCGGCACCUGUCUUGAAGCCCGUAUGUACUGUAACUUAUACGGCGU